CGUACCAACGCUCUCUCUCUCUCUCGUAUCAACGCUGUCUCUCUCUUAAUUCUCGCAUUAGCGGCAACCCUCGCGUUUCGGUAUAGCGAUGGUACGACGCACGAUCCGGUGUUUGCCGGCACUGCACGGCGACUGCGUGCGUGCGUGCUUGGCGCUGUGCGUGCUCGCACUCGCGUGCGAUCUGUCGCGUGGCGGUCGCGUCGGAGGCGCUCUAGAGAAAGCGUUUCUAGCUGAGCUGGGCAUAAGAGAGCCACCACUGCGUGAGAGCGGAGGCGGAGGAGACCGCGGUGGCCCACCGCACGACUACAUGGUAAGGGUGUCGGCAGCGAUGGAGCGCUACGCGCGUCAACAGCAGGACAGCAGCAGCGGCGGCUACGCGACCGACGGACGACCCGAGGCCGUCCGUGUGACAAGCUACCCGGCUGUUUCAGUUUCAGAUCGUCACACAGCGCCAUCUAUCAUUUCAAAAUUCGAGACUAGCUUGAGGAUGGCAAAUUUCCCGUUGCCAUCGAACUUGUCGUAA